AUGCUGACCCAGCACUAUCAUCUGACUACACUUCAUCCACCUACUGGCCUCUUUUUUGAAGAAGAUCAACUACAUGAUGCUGCUGUUCAAGAGGUUGUUCAAAAGAAUCCUGUUCGAGAAGUCCAAGAAAAAGAGAAAGAAGGUGACCUCCUAGUCCAAGAAAAAGAGGACGACUUCACCUCCAC